AUGGAGAGAGUGGAGCAGGUACCCGCAGCUGUGCCUUUGGCAGGUUUAGCCACAGCAGCCUCUGUCGAGCCCGAGCCCAGAUAGACUGAAUUAUUGAAACAAGGGAUGCGUCCCAAAUGGCACCCUAUUCCCUUUAUAGAGCACUACUUUUUCACCAGCGCCCUGCUUUUGACUAGUACUCGAAAAGGGUGCCAUUCGGGAUGCAGGCAAGCAGCCAGUACUGAGUGCUAAUCCAACCUGCAUUAUCAGGACACCAAAUCCACCACUCAUGUGUGAGAGAGAGAAUACCACCCAGCCAGGAUGAAGCUGAACAUUCUAAAAUUGCCCAGUUGUGUAAUUGUAGUAUUCAGUCUGCAGUGGUCCAGGUAACAUUUAUUUUGUUUAUUUCAAUAUGCUUUUGUUUCUUUUACCAUCUCCCUGUUGUCAUUUGCUUGCUUUCCCGUAACGUAGUUUAAAAAAGCGACAGAAAAAUGUUGCCGGUGCCACAUUUUGCUGUGGCUGUUGGCUUUUGACAGGAAGAGGUGAGAGAGGUGACCAAGGAACUGUUUUAUCAGGUGGUUGUGUUGAGUCCACUGUGCUGCUACUGCGGAGUGAAGUCAGCACUGCAGCUUUUUGGCUGAUGUCAGUCAUCCACACUACAGAGGUACCUUUGGAGGGACAUACAGAUGUAGGAUCUUAACGUGAUUACUCUUUUGUUGCCGAGAAUGUUCCUGCACCACAGAAAAUGCAGAUGAGCUUUGUGAUUUACAUCAAUUCACUGAAAACCCACACUAACUCACGGUUAUAUUAACAAUAUGUCAUUGUUUAUCUGGACUACUUUUAACCAGCUAAUAGCCUAACUACCGAUCAAGCAACAUUAUGGAAUAAACGUUCAAAUCCUCUUGCUGCAGGAUUAUUUAGCUGUGGCAAUAUACAGAGCCUUCGGAAAUUAUUGAGACCCCUUGACUUUUUCCACAUUUUGUUACGUUACAGCCUUAUUCUAAAAUGGAUUAAAUAAAAAAAUACCUCAGCAAUCGAAACACAAUACCCCAUAAUGACAAAGCGAAAUAAGGUUUUUAGCCAUUUUUGCAAAUGUCUUACAAAAAUGUACAUAAGUAUCCAGACCAUUUGCUAUGAGACUCGAAAUUGAGCUCAGGUGCAUCCUGUUUCCAUUGAGAUGUUUCUACAACUGUGGUAAAUUCAAUUGUUUGGACAUGAUUUGGAAAGGCACACACCUGUCUAUACAGUGGGGAGAACAAGUAUUUGAUACACUGCCGAUUUUGCAGGUUUUCCUACUUACAAAGCAUGUAGAGUUCUGAAAUUUUUAUCAUAGGUACACUUCAACUGUGAGAGACGGAAUCUAAAACAAAAAUCCAGAAAAUCACAUUGUAUUUUAUUGCAUGACAUAAGUAUUUGACCACCUACCAACCAGUAAGAAUUCCGGCUCUCACAGACCUGUUAGUUUUUCUUUAAGAAGCCCUCCUGUUCUCCACUCAUUACCUGUAUUAACUGCACCUGUUUGAACUCGUUACCUGUCCACACACUCAAUCAAACAGACUCCAAUCUCUCCACAAUGGCCAAGACCAGAGAGCUGGGUAAGGACAUCAGGGAUAAAAUUGUAGACCUGCACAAGGCUGGGAUGGGCUACAGGACAAUAGGCAAGCAGCUUAGUAUGAAGGCAACAACUGUUGGCGCAAUUAUUAGAAAAUGGAAGAAGUUCAAGAUGACGGUCAAUCACCCUCGGUCUGGGGCUCCAUGCAAGAUCUCACCUCGUGGGGCAUCAAUGAUCAUGAGGAAGGUGAGGGAUCAGCCCAGAACUACACGGCAGGACCUGGUCAAUGACCUGAAGAGAGCUGGGACCACAGUCUCAAAGAAAACCAUUAGUAACACACUACGCCGUCAUGGAUUAAAAUCCUGCAACGCACGCAAGGUCCCCCUGCUCAAGCCAGCGCAUGUCCAGGCCCGUCUGAAGUUUGCCAAUGACCAUCUGGAUGAUCCAGAGGUGGAAUGGGAGAAGGUAAUGUGGCCUGAUGAGACAAAAAUAUAGCUUUUUGGUCUAAACUCCACUCGCUGUGUUUGGAGGAAGAAGAAGGAUGAGUACAACCCCAAGAACACCAUCCCAACCGUGAAGCAUGGAGGUGGAAACAUCAUUAUUUGGGGAUGCUUUUCUGCAAAGGGGACAGGACGACUGCACCGUAUUGAGGGGAGGAUGGAUGGGGCCAUGUAUUGCGAGAUCUUGGCCAACAACCUCCUUCCCUCAGUAAGAGCAUUGAAGAUGGGUCGUGGCUGGGUCUUCCAGCAUGACAACGACCCGAAACACACAGCCAGGGCAACUAAGGAGUGGCUCCGUAAGAAGCAUCUCAAGGUCCUGGAGAGGCCUAGCCAGUCUCCAGACCUGAACCCAAUAGAAAAUCUUUGGAGGGAGCUGAAAGUCCGUAUUCCCCAGCGACAGCCCCGAAACCUGAAGGAUCUGGAGAAGGUCUGUAUGGAGGAGUGGGCCAAAAUCCCUGCUGCAGUGUGUGCAAACCUGGUCAAGACCUACAGGAAACGUAUGAUCUCUGUAAUUGCAAACAAAGGUUUCUGUACCAAAUAUUAAGUUCUGCUUUUCUGAUGUAUCAAAUACUUAUGUCAUGCAAUAAAAUGCAAAUUAAUUACUUAAAAAUCAUACAAUGUGAUUUUCUGGAUUUUCACAGUUGAAGUGUACCUAUGAUAAAAAUUACAGACCUCUACAUGCUUUGUAAGUAGGAAAACCUGCAAAAUCGGCAGUGUAUCAAAUACUUGUUCUCCCCACUGUAUAUAGGUCCCACAGUUGACAGUGGAUGUCAGAGCAAAAACCAAGCCAUGAAGUCAAAGGAAUUGUCCUUAGAGCUCAGAGACAGGAUUGUGUUGAGGCACAGAUCUGUGGAAGGAUACCAAAACAUUUCUGCAGCAUUGAAGGUCCCCAAGAACACAGUGGCCUCCAUCAUUCUUAAAUGGAAGAAGUUUGGAACCACCAAGACUCUUCCUAGAGCUGGCCGCCCGGCCAAACUAAGCAAUCGGGAGAGAAGCUCUAGAGUUCCUCUGUGGAGAUGGGAGAACCUUCCAGAAGGACAACCAUCUCUGCAGCACUCCACCAAUCAGGCCUUUAUGGUAGAGUGGCCAGACGGAAGCCACUCCUCAGUAAAAGGAACAUGACAGCCCGCUUGGAGUUUGCUAAAAAGGACUCUCAGACCAUGAGAAACAAGAUUCUCUGGUCUGAUGAAACCAAGAUUGAACUCUUUGGCCUGAAUUCCAAGCAUCACGUCUGGAGGAAACCUGGCACCAUCCUUAUGGUGAAGCAUGAUGGUGGCAGCAUCAUGCUGUGGGGAUGUUUUUCGGCGGCAGGGACUGGGAAACUCGUCAGGAUCGAGGGAAAGAUUAACAAAGCACAGUACAGCGAGAUCAUUGAUGAAAACCUGCUCCAGAGCGCUCAAGACCUCAGACUGUGGCGGAGGUUCACCUUCCAACAGGACAACGACCCUAAGCACACAGCCUAGACAAUGCAGGAGUGGCUUCGGGACAAGUCUCUGAAUGUCCUUGAGUGAACCCGAUCUCUGGAGAGACCUGAAAAUAGCUGUGCAGCAACGCUCCCCAUCCAACCUGACAGAGCUUGAGAGGAUCUGCACUGAAGAAGGGAGAAACUCCCCAAAAACAGGUGUGCUAAAGGUGCUUCAGCAAAGUACUGGGUAAAGGGUCUGCAUACUUAUGUAAAAGUGAUAUUUCCGUUUUUUAUUUGAUAUAAAUUAGCAAAAAUUUCUAAAAACCUGUUUUUGCUUUGUCAUUUUGGGGUAUUGUGUGUAGAUUGAUGAGGGGGGGGGGGAACAAUUUAAUCCAUUUCAGAAUAAGGCUGUAACGUAACAACAUUCUGAAAAAGUCAAGGGGUCUGAAUACUUUCCGAAGCCACUGUAGGUCAAAUUAAGAUCCUACAUCUGAAAUGAUCCGGCCUGUUCUCACUCUAUCCCACAUCAGCUAAAACCUGCCACUUUGUGGUCCCUUCAACAACCAGGGUUGGCCAGCCCUGCAGUUCAGAUAUUUAAUGGGAGUGUAGCAGUGUAGGCUACUAUUUGAGAGAGAGAUAGAUAGAUAGAGAGAGAGAGAGAGAGAGAGAGAGGAGAGGUGAUAGAGUAGAGAGUCGAAGGGGAGAGAGAGACACGAUCUAUCGGCGCUCGUAGUCUCAGUAUAGCUCGCGACUAGAGCGCUCCGUCUCCUAUCGGAGCUCUCUCUUCUCUCUCUCUCUCUCUCUCUCUGUCUCUCGUCUCUCUUUCUUCAUCUCUCUCUCGCUACUCUCUCUCUCUCUCUCUCUCUCUCUCUCUCUCUCGCUCUCUAGACUAUUUGUUCACAGCUUGUCAGUGAAGAUGAAGAGAGAUUCUUGUUUGGCUCAAGAUGAUAUUAUUAAUAUUAUUAGAACUCUUGGCCACUAAUUAAUUCAUUUACUGUUGGCAGGUGUUUCUUUAGGCUACCAUCAUAAUUCAUAUGAUUAGAACAAAGGUUCCAUCAAUACCUAUUAUUUUAGAAUGAUUUGUUCAAUACCUCUUCUAAUUUAUUUUCCAUUUUAUAUACCUUAACAGUUGGCUACUACAGGACGUUGAGAUAUACCAACGUAGAAAUUAAAGGAGCGUUGUCUUUUCAAAUGUUUUCAGCUCUGUAGGCCAUAAUUAUGCAAAAUAGCAAAAGCAUCAACAGCGUCUAAUUACGCACAACCAAUACCAAUCAUGAUUGAAUAAAUAGCCUUCAAAGAGACAGGAUGUUAGCAUUAGAUGGAUAUGUUAGAGUCAGUUUUAGACCCCGAACAGAAAGGUAUUGACCAGCCCUAUUCCCAGGUGAGCCAGGCAGUGUUCGUGAUCGAUGUGUGUGUGGUCAUUGAACCAAGCUUAAAGCUAGUUUGUAUUCCAUUAGGCAUCUCUGGGGCUUUGUAGCACUGUCAGAAAAGAGCUUGCUGACGCCUAAUUGCGGUCUAGAAAAAAAACUAGAUAUUUGUAUGUCACUCUUCGUAUUCUUUGAUCAAUUUCUGGUGGUACUAGUUGUAUUCCACUAGAAUAUUCGUAUGUCAAUUGUUUGCCAGUACCAUGUUAUUUUGAAAAUAGUAUUUUCCCACUAUGCACUAUGAUCAGGAAGAGUUGUACUAACGUGAUUUUAGCAGAACAAGGUGAUGCUUGAAAGAACAGGAAAUGAUUCAUAACCACUUCAUCUGAUGGCAGUCUGUAGGCCAACCCAGUCUCAUUAACUAUAUGUUCCAUCUCAACAUUUUGCUAAGCAGCUUGCUGAUGUGCCAUUCCCCCUGUGUUACCCUGCAGAUCCCAGUGAGAGUGUCUCCAUCAUGAGGCUGGUGUGGAAGUCCCUGGACAAGAUGAGGUGUUUCCGUAAACGCUCCACCAUCCCCUUCCUGGGUGUCCUAAUCACCUGUCUACUCUUCCUCAACCUGUACAUGGAGGAUGGAUACGUCCUGGUGAGACUUAUUCUAUAUUCUUCACUUGAGUCAUAAAGGGCAAGUUCACCCAAUUCUUUUAAAGUUCAGAUGUUUAAAGUGUAAAGGCAAGCUCCGAUCCCAAAUAAAGGAAAAUAAUUAAAUAGGCACAAUAUAAUUACGACUAUUUAGAUGGUGCCUCUCUGCUCCAUGAUUUUGGGAUUGAGGCCUGCAGAUUCCCGCUGAUGUAGGAUCCACACAGCAGAUGGCAUAGAAUAUGGAUUCCAAAUUAGAUAUAUUUUGGGGUAUUAAAACAUCUGACGGUGGACUACCCUCUUCUACCUCUCUCCUCUCCUUCAAACAGCAUCAUUUUCAUCCACAAGUUCACUCUAGUAUUUAACCAUGUUGUCCCUUUUAGAAUUACUUGUUUUCAAAAGGCAACAUAUUUUCAUGAUGUGGACGCAGAGUCGAUUAUUUAUUUUUUAUUCAUGAUGCCAUCACAUCUUGGUGAUCAUAACACAUUAUCCGUAUUUGUUAUUUAAAUUAUUGAGGAGUUUUUGCAUAUUUUCAAUGACCUUGUGCUCUCACAAAGUCAAUUUCCUUGGCAAUGAAAAACGCCUCAAUGGUUUUAGAACUCUUUGAAAUCAGUAUGACGUAUCUACAUUUAUUAUCGGUUGGCUAACCCUUACUUUUUCUUUUUAUACAGGAUAUUCUUAAGGAGUUUUAAAACCAAAAUGUGUUAUUUUUACCUCUGUAUUAUUUACAGACGGAUAUGAGACGUGUCAAGGAAAUUAGUUGACUUUGCUGUGUGUGUUUGUCUGUAGCUGAGAUGAGACCUUGGUUUGUUUGUCAUUCACUAUGUGAAGUCAUCUCAUCUGAUCUGUUGUCUUUGUUCUGUGUUGUAGGAGGAGGAUAAAAGACCGCUGAGAGAGACAUCAAUGCAUCCUUCAAACUCUGAGAGAUAUGUUCACACCUUCAGAGACCUCACUAAUUUCUCUGGAACCAUAAACGUCACAUAUCGUUACCUCGCUGGGAACCCACUGCCCCGAAAGAGUAAUUGUAUCUUUGACUGUCAAUACAUGUUGUUUUACCUUGGUCACUUUCAUCUUUCACUAUAUAUACAGUACCAGUCAAAAGUUUGGACACACCUACUCAUUCAAGGGUUUUUCUUUAUUUUUACUAUUUUCUACAUUGUAGAAUAAUAGUGAAGACAUCAAAACAAUGAAAUAACAAAUAUGGAAUCAUGUAGUAACCAAAAAAGUGUUAAACAAAUCAGAAUAUAUUUUAUAUUUGAGAUUCUUUAAAGUAGCCACUCUUUGCCUUGAUGACAGCUUUGCACACUCUUGGCAUUCUCUCAACCAGCUUCAUGAGGUAGUCACCUGGAAUGCAUUUCAAUUAACAGGUGUGCCAUGUUAAAAGUUAAUUUGUGGAAUUUCUUUCCUUCUGAAUGCGUUUGAUCCAAUCAGUUGUGUUGUGACAAGGUAGGGGUGGUAUACAGAAGAUAGCCCUAUUUGGUAAAAGACCAAGUCCAUAUUAUGACAAGAACAGUUCAAAUAAGCAAAGAGAAACGACUGUCCAUCAUUACUUUAAGACAUGAAGGUCAGUCAAUCCGUAACAUUUCCGGAACUUUUAAAGUUUCUUCAAGCGCAGUUGCAAAAACCAUCAAGCGCUAUGAUGAAACUGGCUCUCAUGAGGACCGCCACAAGAAAGGAAGACCCAGAGUUACCUCUGCUGCAGAGGAUAAGUUCAUUAGAGUUAACUGCACCUCAGAUUGCAGCUCAAAUAAAUGCUUCACAGAGUUCAAGUAACAGACACAUCUCAACAUCAACUGUUCAGAGGAGACUGCGUGAAUCAGGCCUUCAUGGUCGAAUUGCUGCAAAGAAACCACUACUAAAGGACACCAAUAAGAAGAAGAGACUUGCUUGGGCCAAGAAACAUGAGCAAUGGACAUUAGACCAGUGGAAAUCUGUUCUUUGGUCUGAUGAGUCCAAAUUUGAGAUGUUUUGUUCCAACCGCCGUGUCUUUGUGAGACGCAGAGUAGGUGAACGGAUGAUCUCCGCAUGUGUGGUUCCCACCGUGAAACAUGGAGGAGGUGUGAUGGUGUGGGGGUGCUUUGCUGGUGACACUGUUGGUGAUUUAUUUAGAAUUCAAGGCACCAUUAACCAGCAUGGCUACCACAGCAUUCUGCAGAGAUACGCCAUCCCAUCUGGUUUGGGCUUACUGGGACUAUAAUUUGAUUUCUCAACAGGACAAUGACCCAACACACCUCCAGGCUGUGUAAGGGCUAUUUGACCAAGAAGGAGAGUGAUGGAGUGCUGCAUCAGAUGACUUGGCCUCCACAAUCACCCGACCUCAACCCAAUUGAGAUAGUUUGGGAUGAGUUGGACCGCAGAGGGAAGGAAAAGCAGCUCAGGAUGUGUGCUCAGGAUAUGUGGGAACUCCUUGUUGGAAAAGCAUUCCAGGUGAAGCUGGUUGAGAGAAUGCCAAGAGUGUGCAAAGCUGUCAUCAAGGCAAAGGGUGGCUACUUUGAAGAAUCUCAAAUAUAAAAUAUAUUUUGAUUUGUUUAACACCUUUUUGGUCACUACAUGAUUCCAUAUGUCUCCUGAGUGGCGCAGUGGUCUAAGGCACUGCAUCGCAGUGCUAAUUGUGCCACUAGAGAUCCUGGUUCGAAUCAAGGCUCUGUCGCAGCUGGCUGUGACCGGGAGACUCAUGGGCGGCGCACAAUUGGCCCAGGGUAGGGGAGGGAAUGGCCGGCAGGGAUGUAGCUCAGUUGAUAGAGCAUGGCGUUUGCAACGCCAGGGUUGUGGGUUCGAUUCCCACGGGGGGCCAGUAUAAAAAAAUAUAUAUUAUUCACUAACUGUAAGUCGCUCUGGAUAAGAGUGUCUGCUAAAUGACUAAAAUGUGUUAUUUCAUAGUUUUGAUGUCUUCACUGUUAUUCUACAAUGUAGAAAAUAGUAAAAAUAAAGAAAAACCCUUGAAUGAGUAGGUGUGUCCAAACUUUUGGCUGGUACUGUAUAUGUUUUUUUUAAAUGUUUUAUUAUUUCACAAAUAAUGUUUUCAAUGUACGCUAUAAUAAUAUAGAUGUUUGUGUUUCUAGAAUAUCUAACCAUUGGGUUGUCAUCUGUGAAAAGAAAAAGAGGAAAUUACCUCAUGGAGACGAUCAAGUCCAUUUUUGACCAGUCCAGUUAUGAGGAGCUGAAAGAGAUUGUCGUGGUGGUCCACCUGGCAGACUUUGACCUGGCCUGGUGUGAAAACCUGGUGCAGGACAUCUCCAGGAAGUUUGCCCACCACAUCAUUGCUGGGCGUCUCCUGGUGAUCCAUGCCCCUGAGGAGUACUAUCCAUCACUGGUUGGGCUAAAAAGGAACUACAAUGACCCAGAGGACAGGGUACGCUUCCGCUCCAAGCAGAACGUGGACUAUGCCUUCCUCCUCAAUUUCUGCACCAACCUUUCUGAUUUCUACAUGAUGCUGGAGGACGAUGUGCGCUGCUCACGGAACUUCCUGACAUCCCUGAAGAAGGUGGUCACCUCCAGGGAAGGCUCCUACUGGGUGAUGCUGGAAUUCUCCAAGCUUGGCUACAUAGGGAAGCUCUACCACUCAAGAGACCUGCCGCGCCUGGCCCACUUCCUGCUCAUGUUCUACCAGGAAAUGCCCUGUGACUGGCUCCUCAUUCACUUCCGGGAUCUGCUGGCCCAGAAAGACGUGAUCCGCUUCAAGCCCUCCUUGUUCCAGCACAUGGGCUACUACUCCUCAUAUAAGGGGGCAGAGAACAAGUUGAAGGAUGAUGACUUUGAAGAAGACUCCAUUGAUAUCCCUGACAACCCUCCUGCCAGCCUGUACACAAACAUUAAUGUAUUUGAAAAUUAUGACGCCACCAAGGCUUACAGCAGUGUGGACGAAUACUUUUGGGGGAAACCCCCUUCUACCGGAGACUUCUUUGUCAUAGUCUUUAACAAAUCAACUAAAAUAAGCAAAAUCAAAAUCGUGACAGGAACGGACGAUCGUCAGAACGAUAUCCUGCACCAUGGAGCUCUGGAAGUAGGAGAGAAGCUGGUGGGGACAAAGAGAGGAAGGCAGUGUUCUUCCUACAUCACUUUAGGGGAGUUUAAAUAUGGCAACAUUGAGGUUCAAGACGUGGACCACAAGAUUGCCUUUGACAUUGAGUGUGUCCGUAUUGUGGUGACUGCCAGUCAGAAAGAAUGGCUGAUUAUUAGGAGUAUAAGCUUGUGGACUACACAACCUCCCAGUCAAUGA